UGCAGCAACUUAGCAUUUAUUUAGUAAAUGGUUUAUUAUUUGUAGGUAAAUGUACUUCAAAUAUCUGAAAAGUUCAUUGGCUUUACAUCAAUACAAUAAGUAUAAUCUGCUGAUCAUUGUUUUUUGGAUUAGCUAAUUAAUAGCUGGAUGUCAAAUGGCGAUUAAUAGAUUUGUUUAUCCAGAUUUCUGAACCAGGUGAAGCUAAAACUGACACUUUAUAUCUGGGCAGAAUAUAUUUGUAUAGAGAAGUUUUCUUUUAAUCUUAAAUGCAGAAGUCACAUAAUUUUUUGCAAAGUUUUGUCUUAAUUAAUGCUCCGAAUAUAUUGGUCUUUUAGCUGCUGGUCUUUGUCUGAGUCUGCAUGUUUCAGUAAACGAUUAAUUGUCGACUAAAUUAGCUGACGAUUAUUUCAGUAGCCGAUUCGUCACGGUUAAUCUGAUUAAUCGAGUUUCAUUUUAAUUCCAUGUCAAUUAAUUCUGUUUUCUGCAGAACAACGUCUACAGUUGACCAACAGCGUCUGUUAGAAAUUAAAAACAUUAAUUUGGAGACUUAGAAGCUUCAUACAUUUUGAAAAAUCUACUGCAAGAGCCAAAAACACUUUAUUAAUACACAAAGUCGUUUCAUUAUUUUGGUUAAAGUGAAUACUUUCUAAAAAAAAAUUUUACUACUGCCUCAUAAACAUGUUUACUCCCCUUCUCUCCAACCACAGCAGCUCUGUAUAAUUCAUUUUUUUCCCAGCAGAAACAAGUUUGCCUACAUUAGCAUGGCUUCAAGACGAAAUACUGUUCCCCGAAUGAUUUACUGCGAUCGUCGCACCGACCGAUCGCUCCUGCAGCACAAGCAGACCCGUGAUAUACUGCGAGAGCCAUGAUACAGAGCGAACAAUGCUCCAAACUUCAUCAUGAAAUCUGCGCAGGGGGAGCAGCUGCAUGCAUCAGCGUGCGUGGUCGUUCUCUGUGUCGGAGCUGGCUGCACCAGGUGUGGAGGUGGGCCGUCUCACUGCCACCGACCCCGACCUGGGAGAAAACGCGCAGCUGGAGUUCACCAUCCUGGACGCGGAGGAGGCGGAGAUUUUCAACGUCACGGCAGAGCCAGAGAGGCCGUCAUCGUGCUGAACAAGCUUCUGGAUUACGAAAUGCGUAAUUCGUAUACUUUUUCCGUGGAAGUGGCGAACCCGGUCGUUGACCCCCGGUUCAUACGGAAAGGGCCCUUCAAGGACCAGGCGACGGUCCGGGUGAUGAUCCUCAACGCUGAUGAGCCGCCGCGGUUCUCCCAGGCCGUCUACCACCUGGACGUGUCUGAGAACUGUCCCCCCGUCUGUGCCGUCGGCCGCGUCCACGCCGUGGACCCGGACACGGGACAGAGCAGCAACAUCAGGUACUCCAUCGAUCCGCAGUCGGACCCCGAGGCUUUGUUCCGCAUCGCCUCCGACAAGGGCUUCAUCAGCGCUGUGGUGGAGUUGGACCGUGAGCAGGAGCAGUGGCACAAUAUCUCAGUCAUCGCCACACAGAGGGACAACCCGAAUCUUGUGUCGAGGGCUGUGGUUGCCAUAGAGACACUGGACCAGAAUGACAAUGCGCCGGAGUUGGACAGGCAGUACGCAACAUCAGUAUGUGACUCCAGCGCCCCGGGUCAGGUCGUCCAGGUCCUCCGAGCGGUCGACAGGGAUCAGGGAGGACAGGACUCUCCGGUCCACUUCAGCAUCCCUCCUGAGUCCAGCUCCACCCUCAACCUCUCCAUCAGAGAAUCUGGAGGUGUGACAGCCAGCCUGGUGCUGCAGUCGGCCUUGGAGCCGCUCCCUGGCUUCUCUGCGUCUCCGCUCGCCCUCGACGUGCCGGUGGUGCUGCGUGACGGGGCCUCGGGGCUGACCAACACCGGCACCGUCACAGUCACCAUUUGCCCGUGUCUGCAAGGCGGCAUGCAGACGGAGAGCCGGGGCAGGCAGCGGGACCCGCGGUGGGAGAGGCAUGUGGUCUGCCUGCCCGCGCCGUCCGCCUCGCCGUCGCUCAUCUUCAGCUUGGUCACGCUGCUCGCCAUGCUGGCCUGUGUCACCACUCUGCUGGUGGUGUGUGCUCUCUCGCUGUCAUUGCGCCAUCAGAAGCGAGACUCCCACUCGCCCUUUGAGGAGGAUGAUGUCAGGGAAAAUCAUAUCCUACGACGACGAGGGGGGAGGGGAAGCGGACACGGCCGCCUUUGACAUCGCGGCGCUGCAGAGCAUGCACAGGAUCCAGCACAUGCACAACAGCGGGAACAUAUGGUACACCCAGCAGAAUCCGCCCAGAGCCAGGUUGUACAGCUGGAGCCGUCACCCGCGCCCGGCUCUGGGCCCCCAGCAGCGGCCCGGCUCGGCCCCGCUCUACGGGCGCCUCUGCUACGGCGUCCACACGCUUCCCGUUCCCAGAGACUACCCGCUCGGGCCGCUGGAGGAGGGCCUCCAGCUGGGCCAGGUGACCCAGGGUGUCGGGGCGGGUCACGGCGCCAAUCGUCUCCUCGUCCCCGGCCAGAGAACCUUUGAG